ACAAUAGACCAGCGGAUACAUCCGACUCGCACAGGGACCCUGCGACGGCCGUCACCGGAGCCGCCUGUCUGCGGCAGCCGCUCCUCCAGGAGGGAGUCCUCCGCGAUCCCAGGCUGCCUUGCGGACGCGGAGCGAGCGCCCCACCGCGCAGGGCGGGCGCCGUGGCCCCGGGUUACGGGCCGGAAGUGGUGGCGACGACGUGGCGGAGCGGGGUUCGCCCGGCGACGAGCCUGCGAGGGCCGGCGACCGAGGCCGGAGGGCUGAGCGAGUUCGAGGCGGCCGGCGGCCAGCGCCCGUCCCCUCCCCCUUCCCUCCCCGCCCCGUUAUAAAGGCAGUGCUGAGGGAUGCUGAGGCUACACAGGGAGCUCGGGCGGCAGUGCGGGUGUGUCGGCAGCGCGCUGUGUCACAUGGCGAGGAGACCCGAGCUCCUGUGCGGAGCGCUGGCCGUCGUCUGCACCGUGGUCACCCUGCGGUUCGCCCUGAGUCGGGCAAAAGAUGUGGUCAAAAUGGCUCCACCGCCUGUUCGGUUUUUCUCCCCCAACUCCCCUGUGAUCGACCUAUACAUGGGGCAGCUAGACCAAGUGGAGAGACACUGUCGCAUGUCUGAAGUGUCUUUUAUCCUGUUUUAUGCCCCUUGGUGUGGAGAAUCGAUUUCUGUCAGGGAAGAAAUUGAUCAGGUUGCAGGGCAGCUUCAGGAACAGGUGCUGUUCCUUGCUGUAAACUGCUGGUGGCACCAGGGGAAGUGCAGGAAGCAAAUGAAUCUCUUUUAUUAUCCUGUGAUUCAUUUAUAUCAGAGGAGAUUUGGCCCUAUUGAGUACAGGGGACCUCUUACAGCUGGUUAUAUUCACAAUUUCAUUCAACGAGUUAUGAGUCCACUUCAGUAUAUCUCGACUCAUUCAAUUUUACUGGACUUUCUUUCCCACUAUGAGCCAGGUGUUCUUGGAUAUUUCGAGUUCAACAGCUCGCCACAACCUCCGGGUUACCUGACUCUCUACAUCUCCGCAUUGCAUGCACUAAAAAGAGAUCAUCAAGGAACAAUUCGCUUUGGUGUGAUUACAAGCAAGCAGGUGGCUGAAGAGAUAUCAGUAACUGAUCCUGGAACAAUUUAUAUGCAUAGACAUUUCAACUCUUCCUUAGUCUUCCCUCAUGAGGUCCUAAAUUUCACCGCAGUGAAUGUCUACAGCUGGGCUUAUGAGAAUAGAGAGACCUUUAUACACUGGUUGCGACCACAUGGAAGCAAGAGUCUGCUCCUGAAUAAUGAGCUGAAGAAAGGCCCAGCUUUGUUGUUGUUUUUCCCCUUCAGCCCAUUAGCUGAAAAACAGCCCCUGAUGGAGGAGAUAACGGAAGUUGUUCUUCAGUAUCGCAACUGUAACAACAGCAAGACCAUUCAACGUAUACUGCAAUACUUGGAAGAGACAGAGCAGGCAGAUCAGGAAUUUCACUCGACAGAAUCUUUCUUCCAGACUGGAAAACCUUGUUGUAACACAAUAGUGCUUUCCCAGUGGCAUUCUAUAGCUCAAACCCACAACAUCUGUGAGCUCUGUAUUAAUCAGACUAUUGGAAUUCAACCAAGUGUGGUCCACAUUGCAGAAUGCAAUUUUAUAGAGAUGGAGGCAGCUCUGGAUUCAUUCUACCUCAGAGAACAGACAUUUUUCCAGUUGCAAUCAAGGACUGUAGAAUGCAGCAAUUUCUUGAGUUAUUACAGCCCAUUCAAUUAUUAUACUGCUUGCUGCAGGACAUUUAGCAGUCCAAUUAAGUCUAAACAAAUUAAUGCCCUUGCCCCUUCAGAACUGUUUUCCAAUGCAGAGCACAACCAGGGAAUGAUUUCACCUAAUUUUCCUCACAUUGAGGAUAGAUCGACGGGUCGUCGUGAUUUGCAUCACAGUCAAAUUCGCAUUGCAGGACUAAGUUGUAAUACUAAUAAAACUCUAAACUUUUACUUACUGGAUUCAAACUUGCACUGGAGAUUUGCAACUAGAUUAGGAGCCAAUGAAUCUGCACAAGUGCAAGAAUUUGCUACCAUUGUUGAUCUGUGGGAUGAAGUUCAUUAUGUUUUUGACCAAAAGCAAGUCCUCAAUAAGUCUUCAAUUGAAAGCAUUAUAAAAAAUUACAGUAGGACAUACAGUCCAUUAAGUCGGUGUCUUAUUGCUGGAACAAAGUCUAAAGCUCAGGAAGAAUAUUUAAUUGCUGAAGUAACAACCCAAACAUUCGACAGCAUAGUUCUGGAUGUCGAAAAGAAUGUCUUGCUCCUCUACUACACUCAGUGGUGUGGAUUUUGCACUGUUUUGAAUCAUAUCUUCAUUCAGGUUGCUCGCCUCUUCCAUGCCAAUGAUGGAAUUGUAACAGCCAGAAUCAAUGUUGCCAAAAAUGACCUUCCUUGGGAAUAUAUGGUUGAUCGAUUUCCAACUAUCUUGUUUUUCCCCAGAAACAGGAAAGACUUGAGUGUAAAGUAUCCAGAGGAUCUACCAUUAACUGUCCCUAACCUGGUGAGAUUUAUUCUACUGCAUUCUCCCCAGUUAGCUCAGCAGGACCUGUUACACUCCUGUAACCCAGAGUGCAUUCAAAGAGUAGCAGAGCUGCAGAAAGACCGUAUUAGCCAGCUGGAGAAAGAGAUAAAGAGACUCCAUGCAGAGAUGCAGGUGUUGCAUCAGGCUGAAAAACAACUGGCUUCUCAGCUCUCUGUAUCAAGGCAUGAGGAACACCAACUGAAGCUCCAUAACAAAGCUCUACAGGAGAAAAAUGAAAAGCUCAAACACCAUAAUGAGAAACUAAAAGAUCUGUACCAGCAGAGGAACACUGAGCUAGCUGAAACAGCAGCAAAACUAAAUGAGAUUGCAACAGUAUCAAAAAAACUGCUCAAUGAAAAUAUUUUGCUAAAAACAUACAUGGUUUCAAUUGAAGAAGAACUGGAGAUAAAUACCUACCCUUCCUCAACUCCACUUCCCAUCGAAGAAUCGGAGUUACCUUCCACUCAUUCAGAAAAUACAGAAGCUGAAUCUCCAAACUAGCUCAAUGAAUGUUUGGGAUAAAGACUCAUGAAAUUAGAGAAAUUUGAGCCAUAUUGCUAAUGUUUUUAAAUUGUACUUAGGCCAUGAUUGAAGGGAACAGGUGGUGGUGUGGGAGGAGAACAAAACAUGUUAAGUUUUAUCAAACGAGUAAUCUUCUUUCUGAUAACCAGUUUUUGUAAAGAAAAAACCUACCAGGUUCUAAGCUUAAUUUUUUGCAGCUAAGUACUGGUAAAAGGGGAAAUUCUUUAUUUGUUUACAAUUGAAUAUUGCACUAAUGAAAUCUUGGUUACAGUGUACAUAGAGUAAAUUCAUUUGUAAAAACAAUUACAAGAAAGUAAUUAUGGUAGAGUACCACAAUCAAGUUUUUAAAUUAAACCAUUUAAUUACUACAAAUCCCAUUUAAACAUGCGUUUUUAAUUAUAUAACAAACUGCUCAGCCACCAUUGUUACUUCACUAUAGACCUUCCGGAUCAUUUGUAGUUUGUAACUACAGCCUUCUCCAUCAUAGGCCUCGAUUAGAAUCAGCUUUUAAAAAUAGUGGUCUGGUAGCAUCCUAGCAGUUGUCAUUUCAGCACAACCUCAUGCACAAAAUAGAGAACAACUCUGCAGUCUUCAUUGUGCGACCCUGUAGAAACUAUUCCCCCUCUCACUUUCCCCUCUU